UUGAGUUUCAGGUUCAUCAUCGAGAGGACAACAACUCAACGCAAUAUCAACAAAUACAUUCAUCAGUAUGUGGCUUCUCAUCUUAUAUUUCAUCUGUAUAGAGGUGGGUGGAGAUGUUGAUGAUGCUGAAACAGUUAUAGUGAUGGAGAGAGGGGUUCUCAAUCUGCAACCUGGAGUUGAUGAUCUGAAGGGAGAUGUUCAGAUACUGUGGUCUUUUGAAAGUGGCAGACAAAAUACACGUGUCGCGCAGAUACAUCAAGGGAAAAUGUACACUCAUUAUAACACGCAAUUCACUGGCAGAGUGCAGUUAGAGCAAACAACUGGAAUUUUAACCAUCUCAGACAUCAGGACUAAUCAGUCUGGACUGUAUGAAGCCUUAAUCAUCACCAGUGCACACAUCACAGCACGGAGAUACAAAGUUCAUGUUUAUGCACCCGUCUCUGUACCUUCCAUCAGGAGAAACUCAUCAGUUAGUGUGCACCAAUCAACAGGUACACAACAUGAAACGGAGGAUUUCUGCUCUGUGUUCUGCUCGGUGAAGAAUGAUCGAGACGUGUCUAUCUCGUGGUAUAAAGGAGGUGAAAUAGUGAAUCAGAACAGCAAUCCUGAUCUCAGCAUCAACCUCAGUUUAUCAUUAGAUCUUCAUUAUAAUGAUUCAGAGACCUACAGAUGCAUGGCUGUGAAUCCAGUGAGCAAUAAGAGCGUCCGUCUUCACAAGAAAGAGAUCUGCUCACCACAGGAAGAUUGUCUGGAUCACUGUGGCGUCACUGAGGCUCUGGUUCGUCUGGUUCUGUCUGGUCUGGUGGGAAUCACCGCUGUUGGAUUUCUUAUUGAACAUCUGAUGCUCUGCUCAUCUCAGAGAAGAGCUGCUGCUUCUGUGUGAUGGUGGUACUUUUGUUAGAUUAGAUUCUGCGUCAUUGCUAUUUACAUUCUC